AUGGCGGGCUCCAAACCCGUGACGGAAUUACCUCGAUUCUUUCGACUGACAUGGACCUCCGCCGCCCUCGUCCAGGCAGCGCCCCAGUCGAUUCCCAAACGGCCUCCUGUAGCUCAAGCGCUGAAGGCGUCUUCCUUCGAGGCUGUCUCGAGGCCCAGAGCAAUACAUACCGGUGCAGCUAGGAGCUUGAGUAUGACGAAAACUUCCCACUCACGGAAGAGACCGCGAACCUUUGUUCAAUCACUUCCCCCAAACUCAGCUCCUCUCCGGCAUAAUGGGGUUUACGCCGCUGCAUUCAAGCCGGCCCGUCGAGCAUUCUCAACCACUCCUGUGCAACACAAAGCUCACCACUUUGACACGUUGCGAUUCGUCCAAAGACUGAAAGAUGAAGGCUUCACCGAAGAGCAGGCUGUGGCUAUGAUGCGCGUCCUGAACGACGUGAUAGAAGAGUCGAUCCAAAAUCUCACUCGUACUAUGGUCCUGAAGGAAGAUGCUGAGAGAAGCACAUACACCCAGAAGGUUGAUUUUGCCAAACUGAGGAGUGAAUUGUCCAAUGCGGACAGCACCGAAGCACAAUUAACACGAUCCAGCCACGAUCGUUUAACCAGCGACUUGGCCAAAUUAAACUCGAGAUUACGGGAUGAGAUCAGUCGCACGCAAGCCAGCGUGCGGCUGGACCUGAAUCUCGAGAAGGGCAGGAUACGAGAAGAAGCGAAUGGACAGGAGAUGAGGAUCAAGGAGACCGAAGCUCGAAUCGAACAAGAGGUGGCAAGUCUCCGGGAACGAGUCGAAGCAGUCAAGUUCUCGACCCUGCAGUGGCUCAUGGGCGUCUGCACAGGCACAGCUGCGCUCAUUCUGGGUGCUUGGCGCUUGCUAAUGUAA